CAAAAAAGGCCGCAGAAACAGCGAAAAUGAUGCCAUUCACCUUCAGAUCAUUCUAUUGCUGCUCGUUAGACGCAAACGGUGUACAUACCUUCAUAUUAGUCAAUCCUUGUUCUGAUAUAAAAUGCAACUCAGAUCCGCUUUCAGGCACCAACUCCUCUUUCCUUCUUAGAUCUGAUCUUCAUCCCUCCCCACUCGAUCCAUUCUGCUUCUCUUGUCCAUUGCUCCUCGCUGAUCUCCCUCACCCACCGACUUUUGUAAGACUUACCUUCACAUCAUCUUAUCAAACAUGGCCAACACUCCCCAUGGUGGAAUUCUUAAGGACCUUGUCGCCCGUGACAGGCCCAUUCAUGAGCAACUCCUAAAGGAAUCCGACACCAUCGAAUCCAUUGUCCUCACUGAGCGCCAGCUGUGCGAUCUUGAACUCAUCAUCUCUGGAGGCUUCUCUCCUCUCGAGAGCUUCUUGAAUGAGAAGGACUACACCAGCGUCGUGGAGAACCUUCGUUUGGCCGAUGGUACUCUUUGGUCUAUGCCCAUCAACUUGGAUGUCUCACAGGAGGAUAUUGAUAACCUUUCAUUGAAGCCUGAGAAGCGAAUCGCUCUUCGUGAUCCUCGUAACGACUCUCCUAUCGCUAUUUUGACUAUCCAGGACAUCUACAGACCCGAUAAAGUCAAGGAGGCAAAAUUAGUCUUUGGCGAUGAUGAUAUUGCACACCCCGCCGUCAAGUACUUGCAUCAGAAUGUCAAGGAAUUUUAUGUAGGAGGUACUAUCCAGGCCAUCCAGGCUCCCGUUCACUAUGACUAUGUCGCUUAUAGAAACACUCCUGCUGAAAUCCGUGCAUACUUCCAGAAGUUGAAUUGGACUCGUGUCGUCGCCUUCCAGACCCGUAACCCCAUGCACCGUGCACAUCGUGAGUUAACUGUCCGUGCUGCUCGCUCUCGCCAGGCUAAUGUUCUGAUCAACCCUGUCGUUGGUCUUACUAAGCCCGGGGAUAUUGAUCACUUCACUCGUGUUCGUGUCUACGAAGCCAUCAUCCGCCGCUACCCUACCGGAAUGGCUGCCCUUUCUCUCUUGCCAUUGGCCAUGCGUAUGGCUGGUCCUCGUGAGGCUCUUUGGCAUGCUAUCAUUCGUAAGAACCACGGAUGCUCUCACUUCAUCAUUGGUCGUGACCACGCUGGCCCUGGAAAGAACUCUGCUGGCAAAGACUUUUAUGGUCCCUAUGAUGCUCAGUAUCUCGUUGAGAAGUACAAAGAUGAGCUUCACAUUGAAGUUGUUCCCUUCCAGCAGGUUACCUAUUUGCCUGACUCUGACGAAUACGUUCCCUCGGACGAAGUCCCUGCUGGUGCCAAGACCUUGGACAUUUCUGGAACUGAGCUUCGUCGCCGUCUUCGCACCGGCGCACAUAUCCCUGAAUGGUUCUCUUACCCCGAGGUCGUGGCUUUGUUGCGCCAAUCUCAUCCUCCUCGCUCGAAGCAGGGCUUCACUGUCUUUUUGACAGGCUAUCAUGCCUCCAAAAAGGAGCACAUUGCCCGUGCACUCCAGGUUUCUCUGAACCAGCAGGGUGGUCGUUCCAUCUCCUUGUUGCUCGGUGAGACCAUCCGUGGCAAGUUGUCGUCUGAGCUCGGAUUUAGUAAACGCGAACGUGACAUCAACAUCAACCGUCUGGGUUUCGUGGCUGCUGAGUUGACUAAAGCUGGUGCAGGUGUUAUUGUUGCUCCAAUUGCACCCUAUGAGGAGGCUCGUCAGCAAGCUCGCCAAGAGGUUGAGAAGUCUGGUGGUUUCUUCCUUGUCCACGUCGCCACUCCUUUGGAACAGUGCAUUGCCUGGGAUCGUGAUGGUGUUUAUGAGCGCGCAAAGAAGGGAGAGAUCACUGGCUUCACCGGAAUUGAUGAUCCCUAUGAGGCUCCUAAGAAUGCUGAGUUAGUCGUCGACCCAUCCACUGAGAGCGUUGCUCAGAUUGUUCGUCGCAUUGUCUUGCUUUUGGACCAGCAGGGAUACUUUGGCGAUGUCUAAAAAAACUAGAAAAAACACAAAGGUGGUUCUUUUUUAACUAUACAUAUUCCCCUCAUUUUUGGUAUCAAGCAUACCAUACUACCUGUAGCAUAGUUCAGCAUAUUCAAAGCAAAAUUAAAGACAAGAUGUAUAAAAAAG